AUGGAAAACAAAUAUAAACCCGACACAGGUUCACAUCCUCUUCGCUUCGUUUUAUACACGAUCUUUCUAUCCACAGCAAUUAUAUCGACUUUUGUUUUACUAGCACACAAAGAAUUACUUCCAUUCAUCGCCCCAGUACAAAAGCUCGUUGUGUAUCAGAUCUGUCCCGAAGCUCAAGGCAACACUGCUGGAGCCACAAUCCAGAACCUACCAGCAAGUGAUCUUUAUCCCAAGGUUUUUCAACCAAUUCCAGCGCUUGAAGCUGCAAUUGGCGAUGCUGAGGAUGUGAACUGGGAUGAAUAUCUUCUUACCCCAAAUGGCGGCUUCAUUAUGGUCGACGAAGGAGAUGGAGUUGUAAAAGGAUACGGCGUGACUAUGUUUCAUCAGCUGCAUUGUCUGGGAAUGAUUAGGACAAUGUUGUUUGGUGGAGAUAUGAAUCAUGAUCAUGAAGUCCAAGGGGCCGAAUGGUCGAAAAAUCCACUUCAUUUCCUCCACUGUCUGGAUUAUAUCGCUCAGGGAAUCAUUUGUACGGCCGACGAUACUCUUGAGGUUCCCAAACCAACGACCAACGCCAUGGGUAAAGUGGUGGAUGGAAUAGAUGGGAUGGGCCAUGAGCAUCAAUGCCGUAACGCAAGUGCUCUUCGGGAAAAAGUGCUUCUUAGUGAAAGUAAACCAGUCUGGAGAGCAGCUCUUGGUCGGACUAGUGUGUUCAGUCAUCGCGCUAUUCCAGUAACCUGA